UUGCGUUAGUUGAGCAAUAGUCUGGUUUACAAGGUGAAACAAAUUGUCCGGUAUCGCAGAAACAACUAUGAAGGUAGUACUAGCAUUUGGACUGUUUUUGGGAACAGCUUUGUGCUGUACUGAAGAUCAGUAUGAAUGUUUAGACGGACAAUGUAUUGACUCGAGUUAUCAGUGUGAUAGCUCGGUUGAUUGCAGUAGAGGAGAAGACGACAUGGGAUGUUCUGGUUGUGAAAGUAAUCAGUUUUCCUGCGCUAAUGACAAUUUCUGUAUUUUAUGGGAUUGGGUAUGCGAUGGUAUGGAUGAUUGUGGUGAUGGCUCGGACGAACGUGGGUGCUACAAUCUUUGUUGGAAUAUCUUUAACCAGAGCAGCAGACGCAAUAUUACAAGAUCUUUUGCUGACAAAGUAGUAUCCAGGGAUCUCAACAAAGGAGGCAAAGUUAAAGCUACUGGAACAAAUUUGUACAGAAAGAAAAACGAAGCAGACAAAAAAGCUUAUAAACCUAAAAAGCUCAGGUUGCGCUGGAGGGAAAUAACUGGAAAAUAAAAAUGGAAACGAACAGAAGACUAUGCUCGCAAACAAUUGGAAUCGUCCAUGGACUAUGAUAUUAACGUGUUUUUUUUUAAACAAUCAUUAUUAAUAUUCUUUAAUGUUAUAUCAUCAUACAUGUAUCUCAUUUAAACACUAAACUUUGUAUUAAUGUAGCAUUUUAAGCUAUAAAUCAUUUGAUAUUAUCUUCCAAAGUUGUGGACAUCAAUUGAUGACACUAUAUAAAAAUAAGAAGCUGUGGUAUGAAUGCCAAUUAGACAACUCUCCACAAGAGAAUGUUCGUAUUUUAGACUUUAAAUCAAGAUAUAAUAUAAAAGGUAAAAAUAUGCUCUUUGUUCUUUGAUAUAACCAACAUUGUAUUAGAGAUCCAAAUAUUAGGUUAGAGCCUUACUUGAAAUACAUGAUAAUCUGUAAUAUAUAAUCUGAUGUUAUUGCAUUUAACAUAAACAUUGUUCAUUUUAACCUCUAUCUUUUCUGAAUAAAAUACUUCUUGCAAAUGAA